AUGCCAUCGUGUAAAGUAAAGAAACCAGCCGAGCAUAGGGUGGAAUUGAAAGACAAUAAACCUGUCUUGUACAUGAGAAAUGAUAAGAACGAGGAGUGGUCCAAUGUGACACACACGAAUUACCAAGUCGAACUAUUAAAGUUCGUAGAUGGUGUGUUUUGUGAAAACACAUACCUAGAGUGUGAUUUUAACCUCCUAGGUUCCGUUUUCGAGAUCAUUUUCAACUUUAUAUGCAGCGCAGUCAAAUAUGACGAGAGAUUUAUCUGGAGUUACUGGGUCGACCCCUUCCAAGGUUAUCCUAGCUCACUACUCUUCGACGUAGUCCAAAAUACUCUUAAUCUCACCUUCAAAAAUGGAAAUACUACCGCUUUGGACAUGCGCAAGUAUUUUAUUACCGGCAAAGGUACCGACAACUGUGGCGGGGAAUUCCAAUACGUAAGGUUCAACCGUACUGUUUCAGCAGUCUACGCGAGGGAGUCUAAUCUUAACUACUUAAAGUUUGGAGAAAACAUCGUCUGGGCCCGAAAAUCACAUGAACCACACCCGGUUUCAUUUAUUUUCCAAAGUAACAGCCAAGUCGUAAUCGUUUCAAAAAACAGAUUUACCACCUGCACAUUUCAAAACUAUCAAUGGCUUCAAACCAUCACGUACACCAACUAA